AGCGACGCGGGUGGCGACGGUUGAUCGUCGUCGACUUCCAUCUCCAUCGGCUCCGCUCUCGAGCUCAUAGAAAGCGUUACAAAGGGACAAAGGAAAGGGAAAAAGGGGAGGGAGACUGGUGAUCAUGCGUACGUAGGGAACCCUCGGGUCGGGUACGAUGCCGCGAAAACACUCGUCCCAAACAAUCCCACGACAGCGAGCAGCGCGUAUCUCGAUUAACUCGCACUUUUAUCGGCGCGUCGCGCUUUCGAUCGUGAGAAAAAAGGGAAAUCGACCGAUUCCGUCGAGCAUUCUCAACACAUCGGUGUUCUCGGCGAAGCGCAUCCUCUCUCCGAAAGGAAUCUCACGGCGCAAUUAGACGAGAGAGAGAGAGAGAGAGAGGAAAGGAAAAAAGAAAAAAGUUCCUGUAGGAAACUAUUACUCUCGCCUGUCAUAGCGAAAACGAGCCGUUUCCUUCCGAAGACUACCGCGCACACAUCCUAAAGUUUCAGAACGUACUCGGCACAAAGAGUUAAAAAAGCUAAUUUCGCCGAGCGAUGAUUUUCUUCGCUCUCGGAGAGUCGAGAAUUUGAAGCAAGAAUCGAUCGACGGCGGAAUCUCUGAGAAGGAUCGUUCGAUUUAUUAGUUUGAGAAAGAGACAUUAAUUAUGAUCCGUGUCGAGAUCGCGCGUGUGUUCGUGAUAUAUCCACGAGUGUUUGCGGGUCGGCCAGUAAGAUAAUUAAGUCAUCAGAUCGAGAUUAAGUGCAAAGAAAUCUUUUCGCCUGACGAGGCGAAAAAGAAUAAAACUUGAGCAACCAGUGUCAACUAAUCCUGUUAAUGAGCAUUUGACGAGCGACGCAUGAGGGAACAACGUGCAGAAGAGAGAACUAUCGAGAUGAAGCUAGGAGAUAACAUGACCAUGGAAGCUUGCAACGUAUGGGGUGACGUCGCGGCGCGAAAAUAUCGACCACCGCGAAUCGGCGAAAUUCCAAGACGCUCCGCGGUCGAUCACCCCUCUCCUUCCGAUUCACCGACAAAGAAAAAUAUUUCACUUUCCGAUACCGAGCAAUUAUUGACGGAUACGCCUGGUCCGUCUAAAGUGUCGAGCCCGGAGGAGUACAUCCAGGAAGUACGCAAGGACAGCGCGCUGUACCUCGAGGAGGGGGAAGGGACGCCGAACAUUCUGAAGCCGGCCGACACGGAUGUGCCUCGAAGACAGAGCAGCGGUUACGGGGGCAGUUUCGACGAUAAUAAUAGAAGAAGUUCAACGACGAGCGGCGACAACGCGCAACAGCAGGAUCUGUCACCCUUGCUGAAAGAGAGGUGCAGAUCGAGAUCGAGAGCCUCGAUCAAGAAUCUCGUCGGUAGAGUGGAAGAGAGCAUUGACGAGAAGGUGCCGGUCACAGGUACAUCGGGGGAGAGAAUGCCGACGACGGAAAUACACAGGAAGGUGUCAGGCUCCGGCCUCGACAUGCCUAACAUCAAGGAGGUGAAGGAGGUCCUCAGGGAAGAAACCUUGGUUCAGCAAGAUACCGUCGUCGAGAUGGUGGGAGGCGUCGCCAAAAUGAAACUGACGCGCGCAAAGGAUCAUCUAUGCUCAGUGGAUGCGGAGGGUUGCAAGGAUGUGCAAGAAAGUAUGAAGAAAAAUAAAAUGUUGCAAGACAGGGAGAAUACUCUUCUAGCCGAGGAGCCGCAGGAGGGUACGAGGCGAGUGAGAAGCAACGAAAGCGCCGAAAAUAUGCCGAGACUGAUCGAAGUGGCUAAAGUCCAAAAGACAGCGAAUAUCGAGAAAGUCGACACCGGAUUGAAAGACUCGAAUUGUAAGAAGGCGCAGAAUACGAGUGUGGCAGCUACCAUCGCCGUGGAUAGUAGUCGAAUAGCAGACACAAGGAAAUCGUCCUUGCCCAGCGAAGCGGGACCGAGCCAACGACUGGUCGGGAACGUCGCCAGUAAUGUCACCGACAGACCUAUUUAUCCUCGCUAUCCGUAUUCUCCGUACGGCAGCCCUCAAGGAUCGCCCAGGAACCGCAACAGAACGCUUAACAGGGAGCGUUCCGUUGGAGCUAGCAUAUGCGGUUUUAUCGAUAGUCAGCAGGACAGCCAACAUCUGAAUCAAUACAAAGUGUUGGAUGAAAUCGGAAAGGGCUCUUUCGGUGUCGUGAAAAAGGUUCACAACGAGGAGGACAGUACGUACUAUGCCAUGAAGAUACUGAGCAAAAGGAAAUUGAUGAAAAAAGCGGGGAUAUUUGGAAGGAUGGCGCCACGUAGAACGAGCGCCGAUCCCUUGGCAAAUGUUUACAGAGAAAUCGCCAUUCUGAAAAAACUCGAUCAUCCCAAUGUUGUAAAGCUAGUAGAAGUGCUCGACCAUCCUGACAAGGAUAAUCUCUACCUAGUCUUCGAACUAGUGCACAGGGGCGAGAUCCUCGUUAUACCCACUAACAACCCGCUGCAAGAAGAAACGGCCAGACGUUAUUUCCGCGACGUCGUCAUGGGAGUUGAAUAUUUGCAUUAUCAGAAAAUAGUACAUCGCGACAUAAAGCCAAGCAAUUUGCUGGUGGACAGGGACGAUAGAAUUAAAAUCGCUGAUCUGGGCGUCAGCACGGAAUUAAGAGAACCCGGAGAAUUAUUGACGGGGCAAGCUGGCACGCCGGCAUUCGCGGCGCCCGAAACAACAAUUGCUAAUGCAGAAUAUGCAGGACCGCCCUGCGAUGUGUGGUCGAUGGGAGUAACGCUGUACGCGCUGGUGACCGGAGAUCUUCCUUGGCGCGCUUCUGAUAGUAAAGCUAUUCAGGAAGUUGUUCGUAACGAACCGCUCACGUUUCCCUCGAAUCUCGCAUCUCCGGACUUGCGCGGUCUGAUUGCGCGGAUGCUGGAAAAGUCGCCGCAAAAUAGGAUCGUUAUUCCGGAGAUGAAGCGGCACCCGUGGCUGACCAAUCAUGCAACCGAACCACUGCCGACCGAGACCGAUAAUUGCCGCGUAGCGGUCACUGUCACCGAUGAGGAAGUCACGAAACUAGGCACUCUGGUCCUCAUCAAGACGAUGCUGAAGCAGCAUAGUUUUCAGAAUCCAUUCCUGCCUAAGCGGUUCGGGCGGACGGCGGGCAACGAUGCGGAAAUCGCCAGUGCGGAAUCGUCGGCGGCAGGAUCGGAAGGAGGCUCUUCCGCGCUGCGGCAUGACGCGAUGAGAGACGCGAAAGCAGAACGUUUCCACCAGACCGGGAGAAGCAAUUCCGCGCCGGAUUCCUACAAUUGGCACAGACAAGUUUCGGUGGACAAUCCUUUGCCACCGGUGACGGAAGCAUCCAGUCAGGAAUCAGAAGUCGAGAGGAGGUAGUGCCAUUAACGAGAUGUAGCACGAAAUAAGAAAAUAUCUCAAUCGAAAAAUUCCGGGUCCUCAUCAAACAGAAGAAUAGAUCAGAGGUAAUUAUCGAUUGUAAUCCAGCGAGCGACCGCUACGUUAAAAGGCGAAAUCGUCGAAUAAACCAACGAAAAAUUAAUCUUCCAAAGAACGUCGUUAUCGAUUCCACUCUCGUUGUUUAUAUUGUUAAAACCACAGGGCAUUGCCCUCAGUUUUACAGUUAAGAACUUCGUGAAUUAUUUAUGUUGUGAUCCGUGAAAAUUUUUAACCGGCGAGGCUGACGAAAAAACGGAUUCAAAAUUUGCUGGAAAUUUUUCUGCUAGAUCUCGAGAUUUUUAUAUGAAUAAUAAUACAAUAUUCGAACGUUUUGUAUUACGGUGUCGCUAAUUGUACAAUUUGAAUGUUGUUUGAUAAUAGGAAUAUAAUAAGAAUGAUGUUAUAGAAUUAAUCAUCAUACGUAAAUAGCACAUCGUGUAAUUCUUAAAAACGCGAAAGAUAAAAUUAUUAUAAUACUUAUUUUGCUAUGCCGACAUUAUUUAAUUAAAUAGUGAAGUCAGGAGAAAUCCUGACGCAAUAGCAUUUGAUACAAAUGAUUUAUCAUAUAUUAUCACUUUAUAUAUAUUCUGCUUUGUAUAGUCUUUCUAUCCGUCAAUAUUUAUAAAAGUAAUUUACAUGAUCGUGAAAAAUUGAUAAAAUGUCAUACAUGUUAUUACGUUAUUUUCUUUUAGAUUGACGAAACGAUUGAAUGUAUACGAUUUUGUUCGAUAACAUGUACACAUAGUGAGAAAAUCAAUCAUGUGAUAUAAAUUGCAAUUUAAUUAGAAAGUUAACGGGUAGAGUUCGUCUCGUAGUAGGUUUCGAUAAAGUUUAUCGUUAAAGUCAAAUGUGUAAAGUCAUGGAAGGUAGUAACUCGAUAAUGCACUUAUACGGUGAUCCGAAAUUAAGACAUGCCUCGCCGGCUCUUUCAUUCCAUUAAUGUCGUAAGGAAAGCGUUUGUAAAUAAUUUCAAGAUUUUAGCGUCGAAUAUGCCAUGCCAAUCCAGCCUUGAAGAGAAUUACUGUAAAAAAUUGUAAAAAAUUUUUAUGUAUUUUAUACGUUAUCAAACUAACGCAAAAAUAUCACGCCGAAAGCACGGUAGCGAUAUAUGAUUUACAAUGUUUUUUUUCUAUCAUUUUUUUAUAAAGCUUGUUUUUGUUUUCUAUGCUGUCGCUUGAUUUCGAUAAAUAUUAAAAUUCAAGGCGAACAUCCAUUUUACGAGCUCCCGUAGCUUAUCAAACUUCCAUACUAGUUUCAGUAAAAUAACAUGAAAGGACAGAAUAUUACAUGCUUCCAAUCAAUAUAAAUUUUCCAGUGUAAGAAGAUAUGUUGUAAACAUUAUGAUAACAUGUAAAUUGCAUAUAUUGGCUUUUCAUAAGGACACAAUAUUGAUCAGAAAUUUACAUAAUAAUGAAGAAGUGACGUAAGAGAAAAUAUUUAAUUAUAAUUUGAAUAAGAUAGAAGCUGUAUGGACGUUUAAAAUCAAUCUGUUGAAAGAUAAAUUACAACAUUCAUGAUCCUUAUAUUUUUCUGACUAGAGCUAAUUGAAUAAUUCUGUCAAGCUGGAUUAGCAGAUUGAAGCAUAGUGAUAGCAGGUCGUUCCAAGGGGAUGUAAAUAAGAUUUCUUACACACGAACAAUUUUUUCGCACAGUCAACUUAUUGGAUACUGUUUCUGUUACGACUUUAAUAAAUUUAUCCCUGAAGAAGUUAUCACAGUUAAAAUAUCAGUUUAAGAUAACUAAAAAGAUACUUUUUUUUUUAACAAUAAAAAAUAUGUUUUAAAUAUAUAAAACAAUAUUUUAAAUAUUACUUGAAAAUAUUAUUAACUUAAAUUUAUUUGUUUAAAUAAUUAUUAUAUUUAUAUCUGAUUUAUUCGCGCAGGAUAUACUUGCAUGAUUCACACAAUACGAUAAUGAUUUUCCUCGGAUUUAUUUUCAAAAUCAUAGCUUAUAUCAGCGUGUUUCAUAUUGGCGAAGCUAUUGCGCCGCCAAGAAAAUGAAACAUAUCUUUGAAAUCGUUGUUAAAAUAAUUUUUUGCGUAUAUAUUUUUCUGUGUACCACAAUGCAUCAUAUCAAGUUGACAAUUUUUCCAUUAUAAAGCAAUGAGAAAACGGUUCGUGGGCCCGAAAUCUUGCUGAUAUACGUGUCAGAUUUUUGCAAUUCACUCGUCUCGAUUUACAUGUUGCGUAGGUUGCAUAAGUGUAUAUAGGUAUAAAGGUGUAUUGUACUGAAAUUAUUCAUAUUUUGUAUGUACGAUAUUCAUAUUAAAAAAAAAAGUAGGCUCGUAAACGAAAACCCGCGAUACAACGACACUAUUUAGGUUCAUGCCGUUAAAUACGGACGAACUCAUUUUUAAUUGUUGAUAUCUGAAUAUUAUAAUUAUGUAAUUUAUAUUGUACAAGUAAAAA